AUGAUAGUACCUUUCAAUGUGACUGAGACUGGUAAGUUCAGAGGAAAAAGCUUGAUUACCUCUGCGUGCGAGUUCACUUCACCAUCAAAACGCUACUCGAUUUCGGGGGUUUCGUUGGAAACGAUGGCGGUGAAUCUGAUGGCGGGAGCAAUUACGAAGAUGUUGGCUGGAGAAGUGACGAGUGAGAAAGAGUUGACGCCGAUUCUGCAAGUGACGGAGCUGACACUGAUUCAGCCACGGCGGCAAAACAGGGAUAGAUACAAGCUUUCGCUAGCCGAUGGGAUCCAAUCGCAAGAAGGAAUGAUUAAUGCUAGCUUGAACUAUCUGGUGAUUCAAGGGAAUAUCCAAGUCGGGUCGAUUCUAAGACUCACUCAUUUCGUCAGCAACUGCAUCCAGUACCGAAGGCUUAUUCUUAUUGUGGAGUUAGAGAUUAUUGCGGAGAAAUGCAAUAUAAUUGGGAAUCAUGUUCCUCCUAUACAAAGGGCCAAGCCUGAUGAUCCUGAUCAACAACGUGGGGAGGUUUCUUCUGUAAACACACAAUGCAUGGGUGGUUUUGAGCAGAACCAAGCUAGAAGGAGUCAAUUGAAUGGUGUAGUAGCCGAUUCACCUCAACCUCAGUUUGGUCAUAGACAAGCGUUUGGUACUGCUUCUGUUUUUCCAGAAACACCAUCUUCCACUAGAUCAUAUGUGAGCUCAAAUGCAGGUUAUGAUCUUACGGAAACACCAUCUUCCACUAUAUCAUAUGUGAGCUCAAAUGCAGGUUCUGGUUUUCCAGAAACACCAUCUUCCACUAGACCAUAUGUGAGCUCAAAUGCAGGUUCUGGUUUUACAGAAACAUCACCUUCCACUAGACCAUAUGUGAGCUCAAAUGCAAGUUAUGGAGGUUCUAGGCACGAGCAGCCUCGAGCUCCUGAAACCGCUUAUUGUCCAGUUCAGUCGGUUUCUCAGCCUCAGCCACCACCUUUGUAUGUUAACACGAGACCAGUGGCUAAGAACAAUGAAGCUCCUCUAAGGGUAGUUCCAAUCGCUGCUCUGAACCCUUACCUGGAUCGGUGGACCAUCAAGGUCAGGGUCACGAGUAAAGGAGAACUUAUGCGGUUUAGUAGUACGCAUGGCGAUGGGAAGGUAUUCAGUUUCGAUCUGGUUAAUGCUGACGGUGGAGAAAUACGGGUGACUUGUUUCAACGAUGUGGUUGAUCAGUUCUUUGACCUGAUUGUACUUGGUAAUGUUUAUCUGAUCUCCAAGGGAAGUUUGAAGCCUGCUCGUAAGGAAUAUAAUCAUCUUCCCCAUGACUUUGAAAUACAUUUAGACAGUGUAUCAACGGUACAGCAGUGCUACGAGGACGAUGCAACCAUCCCGCGAAAUCGAUUCCAUUUCCGUAGCAUAGGUGAUAUUGAAAGCAUGGAGAGCAACAGUAUCACUGAUCUAAUUGGUAUUGUGUUGUCCAUCAGUCCAAGUGGAUCGGUUAUGCGGAAGAACGGGACUGAGGCACAGAAGAGGGCACUUCUACUUAAGGAUAUGUCAGGGAGAAGCGUCGAGGUAAUAAUGUGGGGUGGUUUCUGCAACACGAAAGGACAUAAACUGCAGAACCUUUAUGAUUCUGGGGUGUUCCCGAUUCUUGCUUUGAAGGCUUGCAGGAUCAGUGAGUUUAAUGGAAAGCAAGUGAGCACUAUCGGAUCAAGUCAGUUCUUUAUAGAGCCAGAUUUCCCUGAAGCCAGAGAAUUGAGGGAAUGGUAUGAGAGAGAAGGACGGAAUGCUCCUUGUGUAUCAAUCUCUAGAGAGUUUUUAGGUGUUUCCAGACAAGAGGUUCGUAAAGUAAUCACUCAAAUCAAGGACGAGAAGCUAGGGACUUCAGAGAAACCAGACUGGAUCACAGUGAGUGCCACCAUUUCAUUCAUAAAGGGAGACAGUUUCUGCUACACAGCUUGUCCUAUCAUGAACGGAGAUCGCCCGUGCAGCAAAAAGGUAACCAAUAACGGAGAUGGGAUUUGGCGGUGCGAGAGAUGUGACCGAUGUGUGGAUGAAUGUGACUACGUGUAUAUGUUACAGCUCCAGUUACAGGACUAA